AUGGAGAAAGACAAGCAGGGCGAAGCCGCGGGUCUGCGGAAGCGGCCAAAGGCCGCGCCGGCGGGGCUGGGUCACGCGAGGAAGAAAGAGCGGACUCGCGAGCAAGAGGCGAAGGAGAAGACCACGGUUCUCACGGCUGAGGAGAAGAAGGAAGAGACGCGGCGGAGAUUCGGCUGCCUGCCCAAGAUAUCGCCUCGCGUGCGGCUCCUGUGUUGCCGGUUCCUCGACAACCGCGUGGCUGAGGGAGUGCUCAUGGUGCUGACUCUGUAUGCGCUUUUUGGCGACGACCUGCGUCUGUUGGCGACGCCGCGAAGCGCGGACCCUGUGUUUGACGCGAUCACGAGUCUCGCGUUGGUGGCCUUCUGCUCAGAGAUCAUUCUGAGCUGCGUAGGGCGCAAGGACUACCUGUUUCACCUGUUUUUCUACCUUGACGUGCUGUCGCUCCUCUCGCUCGUGCUGGAUCUCUCCUCGGUAGACGAGGCUAUGCAUAUCUGGGCAGACGACACGAACGCCGAUAACAGCAGCGAGGUAAGUCCAGCCAGUCGCGCCGGCAAAGCGGGCUCGAAAGUCGCUCGCAUGCUGCGUCUCAUUCGGCUCGUUCGGCUGAUUCGCGUCGCCAAGCUCUACAAGAACAUCAGCUUCUCCAGCAAAACCCGCGCGGAGGAGGACGAAGCGUUCGGCUCCUUCCUCGAGCCCGGGACUUCAAUGGACGACGACCUGAAGGAAGACGAGGAACCCGAGCGCAGAAAGGACAACGGCGAGACGCCUGCCGAGGACGAGUUCGAGUCCGAAGUCGGGAAGCAGCUCACCGAGAAAACGACGCGAAAAAUCGUCUUUGUCGUCCUCGCCCUCACCCUCGUUCUCCCAAUCCUCUCGGAAGAAAACUACAUCACGCGACUCGCCUCAGAAAAGAGCACUCUCGAAAUCGUCGCCGAAUACGCCACAGCGGCUCAGCGCGGCGUAGACCGUGACGCGUGGCUGCGGGUGUACACGCACGCGACGCUGUAUUACAUCAACUAUCACCGGCAGGGGGGCAUCGGCGACAUGGGUUCGAACCCGAGCCACCUCGCAUUUUUCCAGCUGGCGCUGCCCCUCUACCAGACGACGAUGCUGGACGGCAGGAUCUACCAGGACGUCGCCUGCAUGGGUUUCGCCUCGUGCGCCAACAGCCUCGUUCUCCCGCAGGAGGCCGCUGCGCGGUUGUACCUCCCUGAGGCCAUGACAAACGGCACGAUGAUUGUGGAAGACCUCCACAGCAUCGAGCAGCUCAGACUCUCCGAGCGCGAAGUCUUCACGGCUUUCUUUUGUAACGAAACAAGCGCAGACAGCGCCGUGGGCGGCAACCAGAAGGCGGCGGACUGCAGCAUCAACAGCAUCACGCCGAUUCGCGCGGUGUUCGAUCGGCGGCCGGGUUCGAAGCUGCAGGCGGGGUUGAGCCUUGUGCGGACGUUUCUGAUUUGCUUCAUUUUGACGCUGGGUGCGUUGCUGAUUAACCGCGACGAAAACAACUUGGUGCUGAUUCCCAUCGAGCGCAUGAUGGCGAAGAUGAACGAGAUCCGCAACAAUCCGCUCGCGGCGGCGAACAUGACAGACGACGACGCGAUUGAAGGCGUCAGCGCGAAGAAGUCGCGCGAAGGCCGUGCCCGCCCGCUGGACGACGAGGACGCGUCGCCGCUCAAGAUGCUCCAGUCGCUUUUUCGCACCGGCCGCGACGGCGAGCGGAGCUCGGACUCGAUGGAGACUGCGAUGCUGGAGAAGACUAUCAUCAAAAUCGGGGGGCUGUUGGCUCUCGGCUUCGGCGAGGCCGGGGCGGAGAUCAUAGCGAACAACAUGAAGAACUCCGACGGCGGACUGAACGCGAUGCUUGACGGGAAGAAGCUGCAGGCGAUCUUUGGCUUCUGCGACAUCCGGAACUUCACCGACGCGACGGAGAUCCUCAAGGAGAAAGUGAUGAUCUUUGUGAAUCAAAUUGCUGAGAUCGUCCACGGCACCGUCGACCAGUACUCGGGCUGCGCCAACAAAAACAUCGGCGACGCGUUCCUGCUCGUCUGGAAGUUUCCAGAAGUUGAGCGCGAGGGCGGCGUCAAGGAGCAGCUGAUCGACACAGCGACGAUGAACCGCCUCUCAGACAUGGCGCUAGUCUCUUUCGUCAAAAUCAUCGCCGGCAUCAACAAGUCCCAUGUGUUGGCAGAGUACCGCGAAAUCCCAGAGUUGAUUGAGCGCCUGGGCACCGGCUGGAAGGUGAAAAUGGGCUUCGGCCUCCACGUGGGCUGGGCCAUCGAAGGCGCAAUCGGAUCCGAAUACAAAAUCGACGCUUCCUACCUCUCACCCAACGUGAACAUGGCCUCCAGGCUCGAAGCCGCCACCAAACAGUAUGGCGUCUACAUCCUCAUCUCCAACGAAUUAUAUGACAUCAUGUCGCCUCAGGCUCAGCUGAACUGCCGGCAGAUCGACCGCGCUACCGUGAAGGGUUCGCAGGUGCCUCUGGGGCUCUACACAGUGGAUCUGGAUCCUGGGCGUCUGUCGGUGGUGCGGCAGCCGCCCAACGGUGCCUGCGCGCAGCGGCAGAACAAGUCUCGGCAGCGCCAGCAGCGGAAUCUGCAGAAGCAAAAGCUGUGGUCGAGUCGCACGUCCAUCUCUGCGAUGUUUGAGACAGAUCCCGACAUCGUAACGAUGCGCGAACACCUGACGAAGGAGUUCCUCACGACGUUUCGAAGAGGCUUCAGCCACUACCAGGCCGGCGAGUGGUACCGCGCUCGAGAAAUCCUCAUCAAGACGCAAUUCAUGCUCGGCGUCGAGGACGUGCCCUCAACCGUCCUGCUACGCUUCAUGGCGAGUCAUGAAUUCGUCGCGCCGGCCGACUGGCGCGGCUUCAGAGAGCUCGUUGAGAAAUAG